AGCUCGUGUUUGGAGCUUGUACUACACAAGUCAAAAGCUCUCACAGCCUCACGCGCUGCGCUGUGCCCCGGGCGAGUGCGUCUCUGAACACGUCCUGUUUUAUAAGAGCAAAACCAGCACAGCGCGCUCACUCCACCGCGCGCGCAUUGCAGCACGGACACACGACGGACACCGCGAGACGGAACAGAGAGCCACGCGUGCACGGGAGGAGGGGAUCAAUCUGGACUCUGCCGAGUGUCCAGGAGCAGCACACAGCUCCUUCUUACCUGCGGCUGCUCCUCUGCGCGCCUGGAGUAAUCCGUUUAUCCAGACUCCAGUCCACACAGGAUUACUCACAGCCGCUUCUUCCUGUUGGCAGUGUCCUCUCUUUGGAACAGAAGUGUGAAGAAGCCCGUAUUAUUGUCCUCCCCGCGCAGAGGAAGGAAAAGGCAACACCGAACAGUGAACCGGAGCUGGGAAGUUCACACUUUGAGGUAGAAGUGACUCAGGAGCUGGAGGAGAGGGAAACAUGCCUCUUGCACAAAUUGCCGAGCCAUGGCCCACAAUGGAACUAGUGCAGCUGGAGACGGAGAAUGGCCAGAGCACCGCGGAGGAUGGAGUGGCUCCAGAGGACAAGGAUGACGGGGAGAUUAAGGAGAUCAACAUCACACAUGUGGUGAAGGAGGGCUCGGAGAAGGCUGAUGCCUCUCAGUUUGAGCUGCUCAAGGUCCUGGGGCAGGGCUCCUUCGGAAAGGUGUUUUUGGUUCGGAAGGUAACGCCUCCUGAUGCCAACCAGCUCUACGCCAUGAAGGUUCUGAAGAAGGCUACACUCAAAGUGAGAGACCGAGUACGGACCAAGAUGGAGAGGGACAUCCUGGCUGAUGUCAACCACCCUUUUGUGGUCAAACUGCACUAUGCUUUUCAGACUGAAGGGAAGUUAUACUUGAUCCUGGACUUUCUCAGAGGAGGGGACCUCUUCACCAGACUGUCCAAAGAGGUGAUGUUCACAGAGGAGGACGUGAAGUUCUACCUGGCAGAGCUGGCGUUGGGGCUGGACCACCUGCACAGCCUGGGCAUCAUCUACAGGGACCUUAAACCAGAGAACAUUUUGUUGGAUGAGGAGGGACAUAUCAAACUCACAGACUUUGGCCUGUGUAAAGAGGCGAUUGACCAUGAGAAGAAGGCCUACUCCUUCUGUGGAACUGUGGAGUACAUGGCUCCAGAAGUAGUCAACCGUCAGGGACACACCCACAGCGCCGACUGGUGGUCAUUUGGUGUACUUAUGUUUGAGAUGCUGACUGGGGCACUACCUUUCCAAGGGAAGGACCGCAAAGAAACCAUGAACAUGAUUUUAAAGGCUCGUCUGGGGAUGCCUCAGUUCCUGAGCGCAGAGGCACAGUCUCUACUCCGAGCUCUGUUCAAGAGGAACCCUGCCAACCGUCUGGGUUCUGGAUCAGACGGAGCAGAAGAGAUCAAGCGCCAUGGCUUCUUCUCGACCAUCGACUGGAACAAACUGUUUCGACGAGAAGUGAAACCUCCGUUCAGACCAGCUGUGGCACGCCCAGACGACACCUUCUACUUCGACUCCGAGUUUACCUCACGGACCCCCAAAGACUCCCCUGGUGUACCCCCCAGCGCUGGAGCCCACCAGCUCUUCAGAGGCUUCAGUUUUGUGGCAUCCAGUUUGUUAGAGGAGGAGGGCUUUGCACAGCCAGUGCAGCCCACUCCCCACCCGGUCGUCCAGCAGCUCCAUGGGAAGAACCUCCUGUUCAGUGACGGCUACAUCCUGAAGGAGGACAUCGGGAUGGGCUCCUUCUCUGUCUGCAAACGCUGCAUCCAUAAAGCCACCAACACAGAAUAUGCAGUCAAGAUGAUCGAUAAAACGGCCACAGACCCUUCAGAAGAGAUCGAAAUCCUGCUCAGAUAUGGACAGCAUCCAAAUAUCAUCACACUCAAGGAUGUGUAUGAUAACGGGAAGCAGGUGUUUUUGGUGACGGAGCUGAUGAGAGGAGGGGAGCUGCUCGAUCGGAUCCUCAAACAGAAGUACUUUUCGGAGCGAGAGGCCAGUGCUGUCCUGCACACCAUCACCAAGACUGUGGAGUAUCUGCACUCUCAAGGGGUGGUGCACAGGGACCUGAAGCCCAGUAACAUCCUGUACGUGGACGAGUCUGGUAACCCCGAGUCUAUCCGCAUCUGUGACUUUGGCUUCGCUAAGCAGCUGCGAGCCAACAACGGUCUGCUCAUGACACCAUGUUACACCGCCAACUUUGUCGCCCCUGAGGUGCUGAAGAGGCAGGGCUAUGAUGAGGGCUGUGACAUCUGGAGCCUGGGGGUGCUGCUCUACACUAUGCUGGCCGGUUUCACUCCAUUCGCCAACGGCCCUGAGGACACGCCCAAUGAGAUCCUGAACAGAAUAGGCAACGGCCACUUCAGUCUGACUGGAGGCAACUGGGACACGGUGUCUGACGCUGCCAAGGACCUGGUGUCAAAGAUGCUCCACGUGGACCCCCACCAGAGGCUGACAGCUAAGCAGGUGCUGAGACACCCCUGGAUUGUCCACCGCGACAAGCUGCCCAACAGCCAGCUGCCCCACCAGGACCCCUCCCUGGUCAAGGGAGCCAUGGCAGCCACAUACUCAGCCCUGAAGAACUCCCAGCCCACCCCGGAGCUCAAGCCCAUCCAGAGCUCCUUCCUGGCCCAGCGGCGCGUCAAGAAGCUGCCCUCCACCUCCCUGUAGAGACUGUCCUCCGGCGGGCUCACUGUGGGGGGGGUGCCACCAUGUGCACCCCCGAUACCAGCCAAGGAAUCUGUGGUCCCGGCCCCCCUCUGGCCCCUCCUGCUCCCUCCUUGGUCCUGGAGGUCUGCGGGAGGUCACGGGAGGGGUCAGAAUCUGAAUGUAUUUGUACGUUGCAUGGGCCACAGCAGCACCCAUGGACACAACCAUGUUUUUUCGUUUGUGACUCUUCUUCUCAUUGCUGGAUUGGUGCCGGUCGCUUGCUGCACGCUUGUCUGUCUGCCUGUCUGUUUUGGUCACUUUGUUAUUCUUGUAAAGCUGAUCAAUCUUUGUAUUUUCAAAUCUUGCUGUCCCCUGUGACAGCACGACCCAGGGUUCCACCAGGGUUCCACCAGGGUUCCACCAGGUUUUUACUUUCAAGUGGCUUUUUUUCUUUGGAUGAAAUGCUCUUCUAAUAUUGGCCAUGAGUGGUCAAAUAGAUUUUUGUCUAAAACCUUGAAAUUGCACUGUGCAGCAUGUUGACUUUACUUUUAUAUGCAUACAAAUUUAAGCUAUUUUGACAUGAAAAAUCGCGAGAACAUGAUUAAAUAAUUGUCUAAUUAUGCAUAGAACAGCAAACCAUGGGUUUCCAGUAUAUAUUAUUGACUCAUCUGAAAUCGCCAUAGGUUAUUUCAUUCCAAGUAAUUUUGUUGUAGUGUAACUAGAAUUUCAAUUGUCAGACAGCUAAAAACAUUCAAUUUGAUUUUCUUAUUUAAAAUUAUGCAAGAAAAGGCUUUAAAUGUAUUUUGAAAAGAUGAUAUUUCUAUAAAGAGAAAAUAUGAUGGAACCCUGACUGAGCUCUCGUACUGUUGCACCUGCUGUUUGGUGUUUUCUUAUAAAUUUAACUCUGAAAUCCUUCUGCCAUAAAUGCCUCUUGAAGUGGCUGGGUCCCACCACUUUGUCUCUGCUCUGAACAUGUCGAUGGCUUCUGCAUUUGUCUGUGUGAGUGCACUGCAUGAAUUUGAGCUUGUUUUAAACGCUGGCAGCCAUUUUCUGUUUGUUAUUCCUACAAACUUUAGUAAAAUGUUUUAGUGGCAUUAUGUGGAAAACACUCGCUCCUGGAGAGAGGCGGGCGAUACAUCCUCCGUAUUACAUUAGUCGCACAGUUGUAGAUGUACAAAUUUAGUUUUAGUAGUAGCCACAGCUGCCGUGGGGCUGAAUGCUGGAAACAUGGCUGCUGAUCUGUGUCUACCGCACCUUUGACAUCCUGCAAUCAUUUGCUCACUCACCAUACGCACAAGGCUGAGUGAAGCGAUUGGCUCAGCAGUACAAAACUAGUGAGGCACUGGUCAAUGCUAGAAUCUUUUUGGCCACAUCAUCCAGAUUAGCACAGAUAUAGUUCAGCACAUUUCACACUGAUAAUUAUUAAAAGGCCUAUGUCGCACUAUUUUUGACCUAUGUUGUUUUGAUAAUGUUGCUUCCUCAUCACAAACAGACCCGGACUUGUGUUUUUCAUUCAUACAUGUUUAACACACAUAUCUUGCAUAUUUAAGUUUUUCUCAAACUGAAAACACUGUGUUCCUCGUUGUGAUGUCAUUAAGUGUUAAUACAGGAAGUGCCCCACUGUGUUUCUAAUCUCCAUACAUCUAGAAUCAUGUUGAGCUUUUCAGCCCUGGAUGUUGAUGUUACAGCUGAUGUUGAUGUUACAGCUAUUGUUUUAGCCACAUUGAAACUUAAAAGUAAAAGUAAACAUCUUAAGGUUAUUCUAGAGUACUGAAGAGUAAGCAGUUCAACUAAGGCAAAGAAUGGCUUAAAACUACCACUAAAUGACAUCACAAGUUGUAAUGGAGCACUUUAAGCAUUGGGGAUGCAGUCAGCCGAGUAAUUCAGGAUUACUCAAACACGUGUGAAUGAAACAAAACACAACUAUGUUUUUGAGGAGGGAACAGAACUAGAACAUGGAUCAAAGUGAGGCAUGAGGCAGUUCUGCUUGAUAUAGGACCUUUAGGAGAUGUUUGCAGUCAUGUCCAGACGUGCUGCCCCUCCGACUGUAUCUCCUGCCUCUCUGAACGCUGUCGAGCUCUGUGUUAAGCUUCUGUUCUGCUCGUCGUUUAGUUCGUCCCAAAUGUGGUGAUUUGAAAAAGGACAAAGUCUGACGCAGCAUGUCCACCAGUAUUUUGUGAAUUGUGAUUUCUCUGAUUCUAAAUAUGAUGUGUUCAUACAGUUGUGUUCUGCCAGCACAUGGCUCGUUUGGAAAAGUAGACAAGGGCAAAAGUCAGUGUUUAAUAUGACACUGUUAAUGUCAUUUCUGUAAACAACCUAUAUUUUUACGUCCCACUUCUCUCUUCUCUCUCCACUCUCUGUGUUAUUGAAAGAUCAUUUUUACCAUAUUAGGCUUUUCUGACCAGAGAAUGUCCAGAAAUGGGUGGAGGAAGUCGGUAAAACAUAAUAUAAAUAUACUGUCAGAGAAUUUGAUAAAUGCAAUUAUAGCUUGUACUAUAGCUUGUACUUCUUGAGUUUGUCCAUCCAUGACCAAAUGUAGUACUCACUGAGUAAGUGUUUUUACCAUUCAGAGACCAUGAGAGCGCAUACAUUGGAUUUGCUGUAUUUCCUACGAGAGCAGCAUACAAUAAUUACAUUAAGUAGUAAUUAGUACAUUUUACUCAAGGACAAGAUAAGAACCUUGUUUUUGGGAAAAAUGGGAUAUGAUCUAAGUGAUACAGGCUGAAAUGCAGGAAACAUGACAAUCUUAAAUUGUAGAAAAGUAUCAAAUUAAUUUUAAAAAGUACUUGAAUUAAGUAGUAUUUAUCUAGAUUUAGUAGAUUUUUACAUGUCUUGAAACAAGAUUGCCAGAAAAAUAACUAUUCUAAGGCUCAAGUUUUCAUGCUGUCAGGUGAAUGCACAGCAUUUCAAAUUGGAAUGUAUGUUUUGAAUUGUUGGACUGUUUUAAAGUGUUAUAUUUAACACUUCUUGUGGAGAGUCUAUGACCAUGUUGUCUCUAUAGAGACUUUAUGGCUUUGUGUGGAAUGUUCAGCAGUUUGGCAUUUAACUUUGCUCUUUUACAUGAGUCACUUACAGGUGUUUUUAAUUGCUGAGAAAUACCUUGAAAACCUGCAGUCUCACUAUGAGCGAGCUCUUCUACCUGUAACUCGGCAUGUUAUUGGAGUUAGAUGAAUUUAAUGCCAUUCUGUGGAACAUUCUAGGCCUCCACCACAGAAUAUUUCGUUUGAGCGUGUGCUCUCUUGCUCCUGGCUGCUUUUCCAAACUCUACUGCUCCUCUACUGUAGCUUGGACACCUCCAAAGUGCUACACUGUCCCUCACCUCUGAGCGUAAGCCUCCUGGUUUCUUUUUUUCUUUGUGCGCUUGAAGAUCCUCUGGAACAUAUCAGCCGCAGGUGUGGAGCCUCUGAGCGUAGACCUAUCCCAGCAAUGUGCCUAGGCCUACACUAGAGGGCAGAGUGGCCACAUAUUAGCCUCAGGGCAGACUUGCUUGCUAAUAUUAGUGCUAAAUUGGGAUUUGUACAAGCCAAUAUCAAAACCAGAACUGAUGCCAGCGCGGAGACUUUCAAACUGAGUAUUUUAUCACUUAGUUGAAUUCUAACUAAUCAUAGGAAAAAAUGCCAUUCAUGUUCUAUAAAAAUAAUCUGGCCAAACUUGGUCUGGUGGUAUCACUCGCUUGUCUCAAGUUUAAGUUUAAUGCCAUAAUGUUGAACAUUCCAAGCAAAGCCAUAACAUCUCCAUGGAGACAACCCUCCACCAGAUAUUACAUAGUGCACCUUUAAGUAUCACUACUGUAAAAUCAAAGUGUCUCUUUGGCUCCCUCUGGCUCUGAGGCUAAGCACAUGUAGGCCUGUAGUCACAUGUAGGCCUGUAGUUCAGAAUACAAAGCCUCAGCAGAGCUGCUUACCUCAUCAGGAUGGAACCUGCUGUAACUCCUUUUGUUUGGUGGCAAAACUCUUUUCUGAAUUGAUGCUAUGAUGUUAUUGUAUGAUAAAGAUGAAGAUUUUUAUAUCGGACAAAUAUUAAAAAAAAUGUUGCUACA